GGGGGGACACGUGCUAGUUGGUGAACUAAAGGUCGAAUCCUGAGAAAGACUGGAAAUUCCCACAACUCUGAGCAGUUCAGUUGCAGGUAAACAGCGACACCUGGUGGACAGGUCUCGGUACUGCAGCGGGUUAAACCUGCAGCUCCGGGGGAAGUCAAAGUGAAACUUGGCUGCUGUGAGUUUCUAGCAACGGCAGGCAGGUACAAAGAAAACAGGCGGGUAACCAUGGAGCCGUGAUGUUCYCCGGACUGCCGGACCGCCGCGGGUCAGCAUGGAGAGCCGCAGCAGGACGGUGAUCGUGUCCGGKGUGCCCGCCGCGCUGCCGCYCGACAGGAUGGUCGACAAGCUGACCGUCCACUUCCAGAGGGUCCGGAGGAGCGACGGAGGGGACGUGGAGGAGGUCAAAUACCCGACCAGCAUGGACGGAGUGGCCUUUGUCACUUUUUACAAAGCUGAAGACGCUGGCAGGGUGGUGAGAAAGGAACAGGUCAUGAAAGACCACGAGUUUCCUGAAGACUACUCGCUCACUGUCUUUCCCUUCACCACAGAUGUGUAUCUCUACGUCUCCAGCGCCACACUGGACCUCUCGGUGUUCGGCAGCGAUCAGACGAACCUGAUCAAGAGUCUGCGUUCAGCUCAUCGAUCCGUACGGUUCCUGUCUUCACCCAAACAGAGGGAAGUCCUCAUCGAGGGUCCUUUAUCUGCCAUCAAGGCCCUGAGGGAGGACCUCAUCCGCAGGGCCAAAGAUCUUGAGCCCCCCRUCCAAACUGCAGCUGUCAAACCCAAAGACUCCAGUUCUAAUCUGAGGAGARCUUUUCAUCCUGAGGUUGUUGGUGCUGAAGGGUUCUCUGGUACUAAAGCUAAGCAGAAACCUUCGAGCUCAUCAAAGGUACAGCAGAACUCCAGUCGGGACCAGGACUUCGCCUCAAAGUCAGAAACCCAAAAGGCUUUYUUGAAGCAGAACGUCUCAAAUCAGAGUUUAGCCGGUGAGCGCCGCAGACACGUGACUGGAGAGGAGUCGAAGCCAGAGACUGUGGGUCUGUCGGGCCCGGAGCUUGACUCUGUCCAGGAGAAAUCAACAAAGCAUCAAAGAAGUGGUAGUUUUUCAAAAAGGGUCUCGGCAGAGAAUCCUUUGGACCUCAGCAGCUCAGCAACCGGCACAAAUUUCUCUCAGACUAAACUUGGAGACACGUCAACAGAAGGUGUCAAAGAUCCGAGUCCAGGGGUCGUGGAAGAUACUUGGGUCGACUUGUUUACCUUCGAGUACAUCAGAAAGUUCCACGAAAAGGAACUGGAGGGCUGUGUGAAAGAUGUAAACAUGUCCAUCGAGGUCAUGGAAGGAACCGGUCUGCUGAAGAUCUCAGUGACGGAGAAAUCCAAGUCGGGCUCCAGGUACCUGAGGACAGCACUGGACAACAUUGAGACGCUGAUGGAGUACUGGGCGUCGUUUCUUAGAGUUCAUGAGAUCUUUUAUGACACGUCGCUCACAGAACACACUCUGACUUUAAUCUGCAACGAGGCGAACUCUGUUUGCAGAGAUGUUCUGUACAUGUUCGAAGACUCUCAGAUUAAAGUCAUCGGACCCUCGGAGUCCGGUCACCUGUUCUGUAUGCUGGUGGAGGACUCUAUGUCCAAACUUUUACCAAAAAAAGUAAAGGCUAAAGGUAAAAAUAAAUAGACGUAGUUUUACCGUUAGCUACAGGAAGGCUCUAUUGCUCAAUAAUAAACCCUUUUCCUUUAAUUUUUGUAAACCUGUGAUUAGUUAUUAGUGCCCGUCCGGUGACAUUGAAUAAUAAAAAUAAAUAAAUUCUCUUAGCCACAACAAUUUUAUUUUAUUUAUAUAUUGUCAAAUUUAAAAAUACUUUAUAGAUCCCAAGGGGAAACAAACAGGUUCUGUAGUUAUAAUACAUGCAGCAGUAUUUUUGUUCUAUUAAAAACAAAAGGCUGUGGUGCAGUGGUAGAGCAGCUGACUUGGGACCAGAAAUGCACAGGUUCAAUUCCCCACCAUGUCCACAUGUUGUGGUGUCCUUGAGCAAGACUUACUGCUCCCUGGGUGCUUAAAUAGCUACCUGUAUUUUCUCAUGUGUGAUGAGUCAAAUGUGGAGCACAAUUUUUGACACUGUAACAGUUUUCUCCAGACUUUCUGUUUUUUGUUUUGUUUUGUUUGUUUGUUUUUUCAGAUGCAUCUGUGUUCUCCUGGUACCUCCUGUACUCCCGUUUCCUCUCAAAAGUCAGUCCAUUCAAGCUGCUUGAAAAUGUAUAAUAAAUGUGUUUUUGUAAACAUUGUGA